UUUUAUUGCUCUCCUAGUUCCUCCUGCCCUCUGUGGCUCCUGUCUACAUCUACAGACUCUGCUCCUUUCUUUGACUUUGACACCUGCCUGUCUACCUUUCCUCAUUUCUCCAGAAGUCCAAUGUUGAUCUGGAGCCCAAGAUGUCGCUGGCAGAGAGGAUGAAGAUCCUCAAAGACAAAGAGGAGCAGUGGAAGAGCAAAGGCAAAGGAGCAGCCAAUGACUCGGUUCAGUUCACGGUGGCUGGACGAAUGGCCAAGAAAGGUCUCGUGUCCAAGGACGAGCCGCCUAUCAUCACUCUGAAGAAGUCCAACGCCACGCCUGUGAAACCACAUGAAGAAAUCUCCACUAGGACUGACGUCAAAGUGGAGGGAGAUAAACGUCUCGACAAGUUGGAGUCCUUCCUUGACAAACUCCACAAUAAAGGUGUGGGCAAAGCCAAGUCGUCCACCAUCGAGGUGACGGCAGAGAUGGAGAAAGAGGUGAUGACUCUGGACGACGAUGAGACGUUUGGCAACUUCUACAAACCUGUCUCCCCGUCCACUCUCCUGGAGUCCAGCGUGAUUUUGACUGAGGAAGACCUGAGUGACAUCCAGGCUGAUACACCAAAGCUGACCUCAGCGGUAGCAGAGCACAAGCGAGCGGUGCGACCAGCCAGAAGGAAUCAGGGCUCCAGGAAUCCCCUGCGGGCUCUCGCUGCCCGUAACGACAUCCGGCAGGUUUACACCGAGCAGAGGCUUAACGUGGCGUCAGUGGAGACCAAGAGGAUUCAAGUUGAGAGGAUGGCGAAACAUUCCAACUUGGCGGACGUGGCGUUGGCCGGGCUCGCCAGCAAGGAGAACUUUCGCAAGGUCAACCUGCGCAGCGUGAAGUCCACAGAGGUCGUGACCAACAACAGCGCCGUGCCUUUUCACAAGCUCAUGCUUAUUCGCAUCAAAGGUCGGAGGCACAUCCAGGUGCGCCUGGUCGAACCGACGGCGCGCUCGCUGAACAGCGGGGACUGCUUCCUCCUCAUAACCCCGAAGCACUGCUUUAUGUGGAGCGGAGAAUUCGCCAACGUCAUUGAGAAAGCCAAGGCAUCAGAGAUGGCGUCUUUUGUUCAAGCCAAGCGGGACCUUGGCUGCAAGGCUCCCCAGGUGUCCGUGCUGGAGGAAGGCAUCAACACUGAAAGCAGAUGGGCCAAAGAGUUCUGGAGCCUGAUAGGUGGAAAGACUAAAUACAGAGGGGCAGGGGACCCAGAGGAGGACGAGCUCUAUGAGAGUGGGGUGGUGGACUCUAACGGGGUUUACAGACUCCAGGGAGACAAACUGGUGCCUCAUGAAGAUGCCUGGGCCUCCAUCCCCAGUGUGUCUCUGCUCGAUUCUAAAGAGGUUUUAGUCUUUGACUUUGGCAGUGAAGUGUACGUAUGGCACGGAAAAGAUGUGCCCUUGGGUGACAGAAAAGUAGCUGUCAAACUGGGCAAACAGCUCUACAGCGGCAGCUACGACUACAGCAGCUGCAGAGUCAACCCUCUGGAUUCCUCCUGCAAUAAUACGGACGUACCUCAGAAGGGGGAGGGGCGUCCCAGCUGGACUCUGUUCGGCCGGCUGUCAGAGCACAACGAGACGUCGCUGUUCAGGGAGAAGUUCCUGGACUGGGCCGAGCGGAAGAAAGAGGAAGCGGCUCAGGCAGAGGAAGUCAAGAGCCCGGAUCAUUCCACCCUGCGCUCCCCGCUUGACUUGGAGCUGCAGCCGUGCGACGCCAAAGCGCUGCUGGACAACGAGGCCGACCCGGUGCGGACCGUCCUGGAGGGCGUGGACGUGCAGCGAGGCUACGGCCUGGUGAAGACCGAGGACGGCAGGCAGGCGGAGCUGGCCACCGUGGCGGUGGAGGCGUGGCACAUCAAGGAGCACGGCGAGGAGGAGCUUCCCGAGGAGAGCGUGGGCCAGCUCCACGAGGGCGACGCCUACAUCAUCCGCUGGAAAUACUCCAUCACCACGCUCGUCGGGAAGCGGCAGAAACCCGGAGAACUGAGCACAGCGGCUCCCGGCAGAGAGAGGACGGCGUGUUUUUUCUGGCAAGGCCGGCACUCCAGCGCCAGCGAGAAAGGAACGUCGGCCCUGAUGACCGUGGAGCUGGGCAGCCACCGGGGGUCACAGGUGUUGGUGACUCAGGGUAAGGAGCCGCCAUGUUUCCUGCAGCUCUUCCAGGGAGGACUGGUCAUCCAUAAGGGCAGCAGAGACGAUGCUGCCAGCAGCUCAGGUGGCUGGAGGCUGUUCUGCGUGCGCGGCGAGGCCCAGGCCGAGGCCUCCCUGGUGGAGGUGGCGUGUGAGCGUGCCAGCCUGCGUUCCCGUGCCAGCCUGGUGCUGCUUAACGCUCAGAAAGCUCUCCUCUACCUGUGGCACGGAUGCAAAGCCCAUGCAGACGCCAAGCAGGUGGCCAAAAGAGCAGCAGACAAACUGAAGCAGAGGUGUCCCUCAGAGCUGGGACUGAACAGCAGCAGUAAGCUGAGGGUGGAGGAGGUGGAGGAAGGCUCUGAGCCGGCAGAGGUUUUGAAGGCUUUAGGCCCGCAGGACAAGAAGGCUUACGACUGUAUGCUGGAAGAUCCUGGAAAGUACAACUACACCCCCCGCCUGUUCCGGCUGAGCGCCAGCUCUGGGAUGUUCGGAUGGGAGGAGCAGCUGUACUCAGCCAGGGUGACGGAGGGCGUCAUGGCGAUGCCCUUCCUGCAGGAGAGCCUCUACUCCGCACAGCAGCCAGCCUUGUUUCUCCUGGACAACCGCAUGGAGGUGUAUCUGUGGCAGGGCUGGCAGCCGGACGACACCCAGAGCACCGGAUCUGCAAAGAUGCGCUGGGACAGCGAGAGGAAGUGCGCCAUGGAAACCGUGCUGCAGUACUGCAAAGAAAAGAACCCCCGGCGCCCCCCUCAGGCCUACCUGGUCCUCGCAGGCUUGGAGCCUCUCACCUUCACAAACAUCUUCCCAUACUGGGAGAAAAACACCAGCAUCACUUCUAAGACUGGAAGCUCCAAGAGCAAAGUGAUCCUGGUGAAAGAAGCUCUGUCCAAACUGAGCAAGCAGCAGUACUCCAUCGAGGAGCUGACCAGGAAGCCUCUGCCGGAGGGAGUGGACCCGCUACGGCUGGAGGACUACCUGUCAGACCAGGACUUCAAGACGCUUUUCGAGAUGAGUCGCGUCGAGUUCAACGCCCUGCCAAACUGGAAGCAGCAGAACCUGAAGAAGAGCAAGGGUUUAUUUUAAAACUGUACACACACUCUCUGUUGUUUUUUACUCUUCUUUGCAGCUUUUAUUACAUUUUUAUUCCUUGUUUUUUGUUUUAAAAAAAAUUGUCAUAUGUAAAAACUAAAAAAUUUAAAUGUACUAUUAUGUGGUUUUAAUAACUGGGCCAUUUUCUUUUGUCCCAUUUUACAUUUUAACCAACGAUUAUGUGCAAUUAAUCUUUUCCCUUCACACUAUUAUAAAUAUGUAAGAUACUGUUAAUGUUUGUUGAGGUUUACUCAGAUGUGUUAAUUAUUGUUUAUGGUUUAAAACCUUUUUUUUUUCCAUUUGAACUGAAGGAGCAGGCUCUGUCAACAGGGGACAAGACUGCUCAAAACAAACCAGAUUGGUUCAAACCAAUCUUUUUGCUUAGAUAACUAACUUUUUAACAAUCUAUUUUUUACUGUUGGACCAACUAAAACACUUGUAUUGUUUGGUACUGAAUAUUAACUCUUUAUUUGGGCUCUUUUUGACCUCCUUCUGGUUGUUUGGGACCAAAACUAAGCCGUCUGUCUUCAUAUACCAUUUGUUCAUUUUUUUUUUUUUUUUGAGCGCUUGUCUAAGUUUGGGUAAAAUCUGAACUUUAGAAGCGUUGCAUGUGUUACAUUGUGACUAUGAGAGAAUGUGAGUAAGAAACUGCUGCAUAAACUUGCCUGUAUUAGAAAACUCAGUAUCUGUUUUUUUGUGUUGAAACGCCACAUAAAAAACUGCCGGUGAGGUUUUAGUUUUGUUUUUUGUAAUGCUCUUUUCAUUUGUUUCAAUCUGUUUGUGAUAAAUUUGAUCUGUAUUAUUGGUCAGGUUUGGGAAUGAGAUGAUCAGUAUUUCUUUUAAAAUAAAAAAUAUAUAUGUAUAA